GCCAUCAAUCGUCGUUCAACGUUUGGCCAGAUCUGAUCCAAAUCCGGUAUCCCGAAAUGAUGAGUUUGCGCCUGUGCCUGCUGGCCACCUGCCUUGUGGUGGCUGCCCAAGCCUCCAAGGAUGCCUCGAACAUGCAGCUGAAGCCCACCAAGUGGCUGACCGCCUCCGAUCUGGAGAACGUGCCCUCCCUCAACGACAUCACCUGGGAGCGUCUGGAGAACCAGCCCCUGCAGCAGGGCGCCAAGUUGAUCGAGAAGAUCUACCACGUUGGCCAAAUCAAGCACGAUCUGACCCCCAGCUUUGUGCCCAGCCCCAGCAACGUGCCCGUGUGGAUCGUCAAGUCCAACGGCCAGAAGGUGGAGGCCAAGCUGAACAACUACGUGGACACGGCCAAGGCCCAGCCCGGUUUCGGCGAGGACGAGGUCACCAUCGUGCUGACCGGCCUGCCCCACAACAGUCCCGCCCAGAAGAAGGCCCUGCGCCAGCUGAUCCAGGCCUACGUCCAGAAGUACAACCUCCAGCAGCUGCAGAAGAACGCCCAGGAGCAGCAGCAGCAGCUGAAGAGCAGCGACUACGACUACACCAGCAGCGAGGAGGCCGCCGACCAGUGGAAGUCGGCCAAGUCCGCCAGCGGCGAUUUGAUCAUCAUUGACCUCGGCUCCACCCUGACGACCUUCAAGCGGUACGCAAUGCUGGAUGUGCAGAACACCGGCGCCAUGAUCGGCCAGACCUUGGUCGAGCUGACCAACAAGGGUGUGCCCCAGGAGAUUGUCCAUCUGAUCGGUCAGGGUAUCGGUGCCCAUGUGGCCGGAGCUGCUGGCAACAAGUUCACCGCCCAGACUGGCCACAAGCUGCGUCGCAUCACCGGUCUGGAUCCCGCCAAGGUCCUGUCCAAGCGUCCCCAGACUUUGGGUGGCCUUUCCCGCGGCGAUGCCGACUUCGUUGAUGCCAUCCACACCUCCGCCUUCGCCAUGGGCACACCUAUCCGUUGCGGUGAUGUCGACUUCUAUCCCAAUGGACCAACCGUUGGUGUUCCCGGUGCCGAGAAUGUGAUCGAGGCCGUGGCCCGGGCCACUCGCUACUUCGCCGAGUCCGUGCGUCCCGGCAGCGAGCGCAACUUCCCCGCCGUUCCCGCCAACUCGCUGAAGCAGUACAAGGAGCAGGACGGUUUCGGCAAGCGCGCCUACAUGGGUCUCCAGACCGACUACGAUCUGCGCGGCGACUACAUCCUGGAGGUCAACCCCAAGAGCCCCUUCGGCCAGCGUAAUCCCGCCCAGAAGCAGGCCUCCUACCACGGUGUCCACCACGAAAGCAACUAAGGCAAAUGGACCAUGAAAUACCAGGCAGUUCGAUCUGAUACCCAGAGCCACCCGGAAAACGUAGUCUAGUUAGCAGUUUCAUAGAACAAGCACAAAACAAAAAACUUUAUAAAAUCCCAUAAAAAUAUAACCUGCAAAUUUUCUAAAAA